AUGCCUCAACUUCAAGGGCCUCCAUUGCUGAGGGGUUUGGUCAACUACGCCGCAAUGCUGUGGGUUUCAAACACAGUUUGGGAUGUAGAAUUCUUUCUACAUUUGGAAGCUAGCCAGCUGGCUUUCAAAUGGCGGUUUGUCAAUUUGCUCACUAGGGCCUUAAAUAAUGUUGUUGCAGUACACAGAUAUUUAAAUGACCCCAAGCAUGGUUCACACAUUGGGGUCAGUGGAGGUCAGGGCCAGUUACUUGAUGUUAUACAGAUCACCAUAGCUGACAGGACACACAAAAUGAAGGUCAUCCUGUCUCCACACCUGAACAAAAUGGUGCAAACUUGUAAGCUACAAGCAGGCCAUACAGUUAGCAUAAAGAAUUGUCAACUACAUUUUGAUGAAACCGAUUUGGCUGGGGGUAAUGUUGUUAUAGUAGAAGAAAUAGAUGUGACGGGCUUCUUGGAGCUGGAAGAUCCUGCUGAGUUGAGUGGUUUACAAUGGUGCGAAGACUGUGGGCACCUGGAACAGAUGGACCUUCCUAUGACAUCGUCAAGAGGAUACUAUACCAGUGUCUGGUCUACCAUGGAACUGUAUGGAAACAUCUGGAAAACCACAGUCCCAGCUGUGGCAGACCUUGCUAACACCAAACUUCAGGAUAUAUACAGUAUCAAAGACCUGGCAAAGAAAUGGAGUACAGUAAAGAUUGCUCAUCCUGUAUUGCUGGUGAAGGUCCUACUCAAGUCACGGAUGAUACAUUAUGCUAAACCUGGCAAAAAUGAUAAAUGGCCAUUUCAGGCACAUUUGUUGAUAGGAGACAAGACAGGGGCUUGUACGGCAGUUUUAUGGAAUGCUAUGUGUCCAAACUUCUACUUAGGUAACAUCAAAGAGGGUACGGUACUGUUGUUGAAGAAAUUCACUGUCAGAAAGAGUUUCCAGCCUCUACCAAGAUUUAAACCUGUGCUGCAAAACACCCAGUUUUAUGACAUAGAUAUCAACUUAAACAGCCAUCAUCCAGAGUCGGAAGUUAGAGUAUUUGAUGCUACAGAAUUACCAGAUGAGAUUGAGUUACCUCCCUUACGUUAUAAUUUUGUCACCAGGAAGCAAGCAGGUUGUUUACCAAACAAUUUUGUAUGUGAUAUUGCCGGAAUAGUGACAUAUGUGGGCAGGUACGAGAGGGAGCCAAUGAACAAUAAGUUUGGUAUGGAUAGUGGUGGAUUCUGGGUAAGGAGGUGGAUACAGUUGAUAGAUGAAUCCAGUCUAAAACCAUUCUAUCUUCAGUUGUACAAAAUAGCAGAGGGUAUAACAGAUUUGGAUAUUCACCCUGGCACUAAGUUAGUCUGUACCCAUGUUAGAUUGGUCCAAAAUCUAGACCAUCUGACUACAUCUCGUACAAAUAGACUGGUUUUCCUGACCACUACUGCUGAAUCUCAGAUAAGUGUUUUGGAUCAUGCAGUGUACAAAGAGUUAAAGAGAGAAUCUGUGAUAGAGAGGUUAUGGAAAUGGUCCACAUUACGGGAAUGCAAGACUCGACUGACACAAUCCAGUGUUGGAGGGUAUCUCAACUUCCCGCCUCUACCUGAAACAAUAGACUCAAUAAAAACCUGCCUGAAGGAUACACAGGUUGCAGCAAGUGGUGACUGGGAAAAAGUGUUUACAGGUUUCAGUUUCCGAGAGUACAGACAGAUUCUUAUACAGGCCACUAUGGUGUAUGUCAGACUGAAUGUAGAACAUUGUACUAAUCACAGGCAAGUAUUCUAG